AUGGACCCCGCAUGGCCGGAGGUCGCAUCUGGGGGCAGGGGAGGCGAAGUAGUUCUCGGCGUGUCUCAGGUUGUCUUCAUGUUCUUUACACUUCUUACCUCCUCAGGGGAGAUUAAAGUAAUACAUCUUCUCAUAAGAGGGCAUUUACACGAUUCCGAUGAUGAAACAACCGCCUGCCUCGAUGGAACUAACGGGCGGAAGAAGAAAACAUCUCUCUGGAGAAAGUUUUGGGACUCAAGAAAUAAAACACCGAAACUUGCAGCAUAUGCAAAAGAUUUACAAGAAAAAGAAGAACCUUCUCCAGACAAUUCCGAUUCUGAUGAUGAUUCCCUCGGCUUUGGAGGUCACACAGGCGAGGAACUUGCUGGAGGGCGCCGCGUUCAACAUGACACUCUUCUAUUCCCUGGAAUUCCUAAUUCUCCCCAUUAUAAAGAUAUUGAUAAAUACUAUGACUUUCCUCAUGUAUCAUCGGAGCACAAAGACUUAAGGAAUGCUUUAAGGGCCCUGCAAACGACUGCGUCGGCUCUCUGCCUCUCUCAUCCAACCCCAUACAGUGGGAUAUUCCAAGCUGACGUUGUGCUGCAGAACGGCUCCGGUACCGUACAAGUUACUAUUAGGGUUGAAGAAGUGUUUUCACGGGAUGUGGGUUGUAUGGCGGAAGAGAUGCUUGGCCUGGUGCUGGGUGAAGCUGAAAAUGGCAGCUGUGGGUGCACAAGGGGAAACGCUAUAUUGGGGAUGAUGCAAUAUUGUGGCGAUUUGCCUUAA